CUCUUUCCUCGGGAAAAGAAAGAACCCAAAUCUAAUCUAAAAUACAUGUUCCCAAAAUUAGGGUUUCUACAUCAUUCGGUCGGCCGCUAGUUUUGACGAUUUCGAUUUGAAAAGUGGAACGGAUCUCUCUAGACUUUCCCACGUUUAAUUCUUUAACUCAGUGUAGGUAGGAUGGAUUCGAGAGCCUCUCCCUUUCGAACCUAGAUCGGCCUCGGGAAGCUCAAUACCCUAUUUUCCCCCACUUUUCUGCUUGAAACCCUGGGUGCGGUGCUCGCUCUUCGCAGUGCGGUAGCUGGAAGCUGUAGAGUUCUCUUCUGGAAUGAUGCGACAAGCUUAGAAAGCUAUGGAUUUAGAAAGUUCUCAUCUUUGAGUGCUACCAGAUUCAACUCGGAAGAUUUCAGAGCUUCAAAAAAUGCUUCUUUGGGGGUUUUUGGAUAGUGAUCUUUCCAGCUCGAGGCAAUGAAAAUGCUUAAAAUCAUCACUUUCUAUCUUUUUCUGGAGCUAUAAAACAGAGUGUUCUUUUUACAAGCACUCUUCUAAAUCACAGGAGUGAUGGACUCCGCUCCACCAAGAACUACAAAGAACUCUUCCAACAUCCCUGGCGUCUUUCUACACAUCUCCAAGCUAUGCAAGCUGAAAUCUGUUGGUGUAUGUGAGAACCCAAAACCCACCAAUGAUUCCUCCUUCCACAGCUCCAAUGCUGGAGAGGCCAAUUGCUGUGUCGACAAUCGAGACUGGAAGAUCCACCCCCAACCAUUGGAGGAAACACCGAUCUCAAGCUCCGGGUGCUUGGAAGAAGCUGUGAUCUCAAGGCUAUUCAACACCAUCUCUGCUCUCAAAACAGCCUAUGUCCAGCUCCAGCAAGCCCACAUCCCUUAUGAGCCUAAGAAGAUCCAUGUUGCUGAUGAGCUUAUUGUUUCUGAGCUUGAAUCCCUUUCCGAGUUACAACAUUUGUAUAUGAAGAAACACAAAUGUGAUUCCAAGUUUCAAUCUUCUCUAUGUUUGAAGAUUCGAGAGUUUCGGGAAAUGCUGGCAGAAUUGGAGACCAAAAUCCAGUGCAGAGAGACUGAGAUUGCCCGUCUCAGGUCAGAAGUUGAGGAAUUGGAACGAAAGAAUGUGGAAUUGGAGCAGAAUAUUAAGCAGCAAAUGCUGCCUGAAGAGGAAUUAUUUCCACUUUGGAAAGAAUUGACUCCAGCUUUGUUUUCUGAGGUCUUUAAGUUCACAUCUAAAUCCAUCCAUGACUUUGCAAAGCCACUCAUUAGCUUAAUGAAAGCUUCUGGUUGGAAUCUAGAUGAAGCUGCCAGUUUAAUAUCUGACUCAGUCAUAUAUGCUGAAAGAUCUCACAAGAAAUUUGCAUUUGAAGCCUAUCUUUCUCGGGUAAUGCUUGGUGAUGCUCAGGAUGUAUGCUUUAGUUUGGAGAAAUUUGAUCGUGUUAUGAGCUUUCGGGACCCCUUGGAUGCUUUGAUGGAAGACCCUGAUUCUAAUUUUGGGAGAUUUUGCCGAUCGAAGUAUGUUAUGGUGGUGCCAUCGCAGAUGGAAUUCUCAUUCUUCGGUAAUUCAGAUCAAAGAGCAUUCGUGUUGAGCGGUGGGCACCCAAGGACGCCGUUCUAUCAAGCAUUCACAAGAAUGGCAAGAUGGAUUUGGGCAGUGUUGGUGAUGGUGCAUUCUUUUAUUCCAAGGGCUGAGAUGUUUUAUGCUAAGAGAGGGGAUGACUUCUCCAAGAACUACAUGGAGAGUGUGGUGAAUCAAGUGCCCACUGAAAAAGGAGAGAAGCUUAAGGUCGGGUUUACUGUGACGCCGGGGUUUAAGAUUGGAAGCACCAUUAUCCAGUGCAGGAUUUAUCCUUGCAGGAUGAAGGCCUCCAUCGGGAGUUUUGGUUCUUCAUUGUAACUAUAGAAGGUAACUUUCUGCUUCAAAAAUAGCACUAUGACGCUGUUUCUCUUUGUUAUAAUCUAUAGUUCAUACAGAAGCAACAGUAAGCUUGCCAUUAUGUAAAAGAAUUUUGAGAGACUUUAUGUCUAUCUUCCUAUCUAUGGAAAGGAACAAAAACCGUAAGGUAGAAUUACUGCAGCAGUUUUUUGCAUUAAUGUAAAUUUGUAGACGGAUGCUUUAUGAGAUUUUUGGAGAUUUUUGGUUUGCU